CUUUCAGUAGGUGUAGGAAGCUCAACUGGACUACAUUCGCGACAUUUUCCGACGGCAGAACACUUUUAACCGCACCCAAGCUGAUGUCAUGAGUGUCUACAUUUAUCUAUUGACGGCUAUCGUAGUGCUGGUGGGUUAUCUAGUAUUGAAAUGGCGUCGUGCCCUUCAGUAUUGGCAAAAUCUGGGCAUUCCCUGCGAGGAACCACAUAUCCUCAUGGGAAGCCUGGCGGGUGUGCAAACCAAGCGAUCAUUCUUUGAUAUCUGGAGUGAUUACUACAAUAAGUUUCGUGGCACUGGACCCUUUGCUGGUUUCUAUUGGUUCCAACGACCUGCUAUUUUCGUUCUGGAGACGUCGUUGGCCAAGCUCAUCUUAAUCAAGGAGUUUAAUAAGUUUACGGAUCGUGGUUUCUAUCACAAUACAGAAGAUGAUCCCUUGUCGGGGCAACUGUUCUUGCUAGAUGGCCAGAAGUGGAGGUCAAUGAGGAACAAACUGUCUUCUACGUUUACAUCGGGCAAAAUGAAAUAUAUGUUUCCCACGGUGGUGAAAGUGGGUCAUGAGUUGAUCGAAGUCUUUGGCCAGACAAUAGAAAAGUCCCCAGUUGUAGAGGUUAAGGAUAUCCUGGCCAGAUUCGGCACCGACGUUAUUGGGACCUGCGCUUUUGGCAUCGAAUGUAGUAGUCUCAAAGAUCCCCAUGCUGAAUUCCGGGAGAUGGGUAGGCGAGCGGUCUUUGAGCAACGUCAUGGACCAAUCGGAAUUGCAUUUAUUACUAGCUUUCAGAAUCUGGCCCGCAGGCUCCACAUGAAAAUAACCAUAGAGGAUGCUGAACGCUUUUUUCUGCGCAUCGUCCGUGAAACGGUUGCAUUCCGGAAGCAGAAUGAUAUCCGUCGUAAUGACUUCAUGGAUCAGUUAAUUGAUUUGAAAGAAAGUGUAGGCCUAACAAUUGAGGAAAUGGCAGCUCAGGCUUUUGUAUUCUUUGGGGCUGGCUUUGAAACAUCAUCGACCACCAUGGGAUUCGCAUUGUAUGAACUGGCCCAGCAUCAGGACAUUCAGGACCGGGUGAGGGAAGAGUGCCAGGAGGUUAUUGGCAAGUGCAACGGAGAGCUAACUUACGAAAGUAUGAGGGAACUGGUUUACUUAGAUCAGGUUAUAUCGGAAACCCUACGCCUGUACACCGUACUUCCUGUCUUGAAUCGCGAAUGUUUGGAGGACUUUGUGGUUCCCGAUAAUCCCAAAUAUGUGAUUAAGAAGGGAAUGCCCGUUCUGAUUCCUGCAGCAGCCAUGCACCGUGAUGAGAAGUUAUAUGCAAAUCCAAAUACCUUUGACCCCGAAAACUUCUCCGCCGAUCGCGUCAAGGAACGUGAUUCCAUGGAAUGGCUUCCAUUUGGUGAAGGUCCUAGAAACUGCAUUGGAAUGCGAUUUGGACAAAUGCAGACUCGCGUUGGAUUGGCUUUCCUUAUCAAGGACUUUAAGUUCUCCGUAUGCGACCAGACCACAAUUCCAAUGGUUUAUAGCAAAAAAACUUUCCUAAUAUCAAGUGAAACUGGUAUCUUCUUGAAAGUUGAACGAGUCUAAAAUUUCUUAUACAUUGACUUUGAAGUGCUUAGCAACUUCUAUUUUUGUGGGAAAGGUGUUAUAUUAUCUUCAGAAAUAUAUGUAUAUGUAACAGUAAAGCGGAAAUAUGUUAAAGGAUAGUGACUAACCGUUUGAAAAUGAUUUUAGAUUAAUAGUUAUCAUUAGUUGUCUUUAAACUUACUGAUUACUAAAAAACGUAAAUAAACUCUUAUCAACACUCAA